CGAAUAAUUGACUGUAUUUUUAACAAUAAUAAUUACAAAUAUAUAGCCUACUGACGUUGUUUAGAUGUUUGUAAACAGGGAAAUACGACGGAUUCUCUUUUGAAAGGUCUGAAAGUAGGUCCGCGGACGUAUUUGCCGAAAUGUUUUUUGUAUUCCAACCGGAAGUGAAGUAUGGGAGCAACUACUAGUGUGAACCGUGAGCCUAACAUGCGUAAUAUUACACAAACUUUAACGAAUUUUGGAUUAUAUUCGAAACGUUUAAGGCCGAGAGAAAUUGUUGUUAAUACCCGACUCGAUGUUUAUUAAAUGAAUAUCAAGACAAAUAAAUUCCCAAGGUAUCCAUGUAACUGCCCUCUGGAGUCUGGAGCACUUUCAUUUGCUAAUGGCUUAAUUUUAAAGUGAAGCAGAGCGAAUCUUUCUGACACUGGUGAAACAUGCCCUUACCAUUUGGAUUAAAACUGAAAAGAACACGAAGGUAUACUGUCUCCAGCAAGAGCUGUCUGGUCACACGCAUCCAGCUGCUUAAUGGUGAAUUUGUGGAGUUUACACUUUCUGUGGAGAGCACAGGCCAAGAAUGCCUGGAAGCAGUUGCUCAGAGGCUGGAGUUAAGAGAGAUAAAUUACUUCAGCCUCUGGUACUUCAACAAACAAAACCAGCAGAGAUGGAUUGAUUUAGAAAAGCCACUGAAGAAACAGCUCGACAAGUACGGACUAGAGCCCACUGUUUACUUUGGAGUCGUGUUCUACGUGCCAACUGUUACCCAGUUACAACAAGAGAUAACCAGAUAUCAGUAUUACCUCCAGCUGAAGAAGGAUAUUUUGGAGGGGAGAAUUCCAUGUUCAAUUGAACAGGCAAUCCGCUUGGCAGGCUUGGCUGUACAAGCGGACUUCGGAGACUUCAACCGCUAUGACUCACAGGAAUUUCUACAAAAAUUUGUGCUUUUCCCAAUUGACUGGAUUCAAGAUGAGAGGGUUGUUGAAGAAGCCACGCAAAAAGUUGCCAUUCUGUAUCAAAGCUACCGAGGCUUGCCAGUGCCAGAAGCAGAGAUGCUGUACAUGCAAGAAGUGGAGAAGAUGGAGGGUUAUGGUCAGGAGGGUUUUCAAGCAAAGGAUAGCCAGGGUGCCGAUAUACUUAUUGGAUCCUGUCUGGAUGGAAUUUUUGUCAAGCAUAAAAAUGGCCGACCACCUCUCUUAUUUCGGUGGAAUGACAUUAAUAACAUGACUCAUAAUAAAUCAUUCUUCGCCUUGGAGCUGGCCAACAAAGAAGACACCAUUCAGUUUCAAACUGAGGACAUGGAGACUUCCAAAUAUGUGUGCAGAAUGUGCUUGUCAAGGCACAAGUUUUAUAAGAUUAACAAGAGUAGUCUAGAGGAAUCUGAGGCCCCACCUUCUGAGGGCUCCCAGAAGUCCAUUCUCACUCUUUCAUUUCCUCGCUUUCCAAUGCUCUCUCGUCCCUCGCUGCCUUCUAACAAGGGCCAAACUCAGCCUGUUCCGGUGAACCCAGUCAGACAGCGCUCCUCCACACGAAUGUCUCUGCCCAAGCCUCAGCCCUACAUGAUGCCUCCACCUCAGUUACACUACAAUGGCCAUUACAAUGAGCCUUACACGUCUCAAGACAACCUUUACUUGAACAAUCAGAAUGGCUACUACUACCAUUCUCAGACCAGCUUGGACCGUUCCCCACAUGAGUACAACGGAAGGAUUCGUAACGGCAGUGUAUACAGCGCCCACAGCACCAGCUCACUCAACAACCCACAGCACUACCUUCAGUCGUCGCCCGUGUCUUCCAACCCCAGCAUCACGGGCAGCGAUGUCAUGCGACCAGACCACGUUCCCACUCACCGGCACAGUGUGCUCAUCCCACCCUCCUACCGCGCCACACCUGACUAUGAGACUGUCAUGCGUCAGAAGAGCUGCGGUGUAAUGCCCGCUGCUGAGCGCCAGUGCCACUCCAUGCGCAACCUCAACAUUGGCAGCUCAUAUGUCUACAGCCGGCCUGAUCCACUGGUAUACAGCCAGCCAGAGAUCCGUGAGCAUGGGGCCACCCAGUACCACCUCAACUACAGCUUCCACAGCCCCUCGCCAUACCCCUACCCUGCGGAACGCCGGCCUGUGGUGGGUGCCGUCAGCGUGCCUGAGCUUACCAAUGUGCAGCUGCAGCAGGCCCAGGAAUACCCUGCACCCAACAUCAUGAGGACCCAGGUGUACCGGCCACCGCCGCCUUAUCCCUAUGCCCACCCGCGGCCGGCCAACAGCACGCCGGAUCUUUCUCGCCACUUGUAUGUCAGCAGCAGCAACCCAGACUUGAUCACACGCCGAGUGCACCACUCGGUGCAGACCUUCCAGGAGGACAGUCUGCCGGUGGCGCACUCCCUGCAGGAGGUGAGCGAGCCACUUGUCACACAUCGUCGCCCCCACACGCAGAAACGUAACUCCAUCGAGAUUGCUGCCUUGGCGUAUGGCCUGGACGGCAUGAGGCUGAAGGAGAGGGCCGUGUCUGUCUCGACUGCGGAGGCUGGGCCCCCACUGGCCCCACCUGCUGCAUCCGCCCACUCCAGCUCUGAACUCAGCGUCUUCCUGGAGAGGACCAAAGCAGAGGAGACAAUCAUAAAGGAGGAUGUAUGCUAUGGGCACAAAAAGUCCCUUUCAGAUGCCACCAUGCUGGUGCACAGUAGCGGAGAAGAGGAGGAGUUUGAGGAUGAUGGUGGCCGGCACACUCCCCGGUCUCAGGAUGCAGUGGCCUGUCCAGACCAAACCAUGGCUGUUCUGGGACAUCAGCUAAUGGACACACCUCCGCCCGCCUACCACUUUGCUCCCAGUCUGGAUACAGUGCUUGCCAGCCCUCUCGGCUUCAAACCCCAACCAGGGAUCGAGGAGCAAGAAGAGGCAGGGCCGCUGUACCUGCUUGGCGAGGCUGGUGCCUUGAUGCCCUCUGUUUCGGAGGGGAACCUGAGCAGUCAGGGCAGAGUGAAGACUAAGAGGGAGCUUAUCAAGAAGAGACCUGUGUCCGAUGUGCCCUCCGCACGAAGGAACCUCGAUGGCCUCCCUCCACCCGGUAUGAAGAAGAGCACCCGCCCAGAGGUGAAGAAAAUGGGUCCACCAAAGGUGGCAGUUCUCAACGGCCUUACUCCAACUCGCGUGCCCACGCUGGGCGAGGGCAAGGACGAGCCGGGGAAAGCCUCCAACGAUGAAAGGUGUAAGGUCCUGGAGCAGUGUCUGGAGCAGGGCAUGGUGUUUACAGAAUACGAGCAAGUGCCAAAGAGACGACCUGAUGGUGAAUGCAGCAUAGCACAGCUUCCAGAGAACGCUGAGCGCAACCGCUUCCAGGACGUGCUGCCCUACGAUGAUUCACGGGUGGAACUCGUCCCCACCAAGGAGAACAACACAGGCUACAUCAACGCCUCACAUAUAAAAGUUACGGUCGUGGGGGAGGAGUGGAGCUAUAUUGCAUCGCAGGGUCCCCUCUCCAACACAUGCCAAGACUUCUGGCAGAUGGUUUGGGAACAAGGAGUUGCUAUUAUUGCUAUGGUUACUGCUGAAGAGGAGGGAGGCCGUGAGAAGAGCUUCCGCUACUGGCCCCGCUUGGGCUCCCGCCACAACACAGUCACAUACGGGCGCUUUAAGAUCACCACCCGCUUCCGCACUGACUCAGGCUGCUAUGCCACCACGGGCCUGAAAAUCAAACACCUCCUCACAGGGCAGGAGCGCACCAUCUGGCACCUGCAGUACACUGACUGGCCUGACCACGGCUGUCCUGAGGACUUCAAAGGCUUUCUGGCGUACUUGGAGGAGAUUCAGUCAGUGAGGCGACACACCAACAGCACCAGUGAUCCAAAGAACCCAAAUCCGCCUGUGCUGGUACACUGCAGUGCGGGGGUGGGGCGCACUGGAGUGGUCAUCCUGACUGAGGUCAUGGUAGCCUGUCUGGAACAUAAUGAGAUGCUGGGCGUCCCUACUGUUCUGAAGCUACUGCGGCAGCAGCGUAUGCUAAUGGUGCAGACCGUUUCCCAAUACAGCUUCAUUUACAAAGCCCUCAUACAGUUUCUUAAAAACUCCAGACUUAUAUAAGAGCUUUGGAUAAGCUGACAUAUGCAUGGAAGGGGGUGUUCUUCCAUGACAACAGGAGCAGAUCUUUUCCCCUCAUGGCAUAUGUUCUCAGGGGUGCCAAAGGGGUGUAUUCUGGGGGGUGGGGUGUCAGAGAUGGCAGAAGUUGGCUGGAGUUCCCUUGGUUUCACUUCAUGAGCACUUUGUCUGAUUAGUAUUGAAGGGGUGCAGGUCUGAAGGAUCCUGCAAAUCAGGAGAACAUGUUCUCAUUAAUCAGUAUUAUUCAGAGAUUUCACUGUUGUGUGUUCACUACAUGGUUACUGCUAAUGAAUCCCAGCACUUUUAUUGUAUAUAGCAAAUUACACUAAUGCUGCAUCUUUAUUGUUAAAUGUAUAACAAUAUAGGUUGCUCCUUUUUAAAUGUUUUCCUUUUUUCUUCUUAAUGGCUAUCUUGAUAGUUUUGAGUGAUGGUUUACUGAGCUGAAGAGUAAUGGUCACAGUGUUUAAACUAGUGGGGAGGUUACGUUUUAAAAUUUAAGGGUGUUUUGACAACAUUUAGGGUGCUUGCAGUUAGAACUCUGAAAUAGUGAAUACUUUUUUAAAUUUUCAAAAUCAGAGAAUAUACAAUAUCAUAGUAUUUGGCACUUGAACAUUGCACUCCCACCUGAGAUUGGCAUCACAUAUACAGUCUUUCACAGAUGAUGAUGGACUGAGUAACGUGGGUUUUGCACAAGUAUCAUGCAUAUUGCAUAACUCAUGUGCAUAUCUUAAGUUAGGAUACAGCCAAAGAAGUGUGUUUUUAUAUAAAUGUUUGCAGAUAGAACCUUUUAAAAACUUUUUUAAGAGUAUUACAUUGAAAUAACUUAUAAUGCUUCAUAUCCUAUACAUAUCAAGGAUUUAUUAUGCCUAAGCCCAUUAACCCCUGGACAUUUUUAUUUGUAUUACCUAUUUGUGAUGUAUAUUUACCAGAAGUGCUAAAACUAACAACCAAAGAAUUGUCCAACUUGAUUUUUGAAGAAGAGCACAGCUGUGGUCUUUAUAUGAACUGUUUAUAAUCUUUCUCCACAGACAUGUGACAGUUAUAAUCUACCAAAGAAAAUUAAUUUUCUAAGACACUUAAGGACAUCUUCAACCACUGUGAAAAUUCUUGUUUUCUGUGUGUUGGAGAAACUGAAGAAGAAACAUAUUUUAUGAAGAUAAUGUGGCAUGUUGUUCCCUGUGUGUACAUAUGCUAUGCAGCCUUUUGUCAGACUUUGAGAUCAGAUAGGUUCCAGCCUGUUGUUGUUUAACUUACAUUCCACCAUAAGGUUGCAGGGUGUUUCUGAACCAAAACAUACCUGUACUGAGACCUCAACGUUGCCUGGAUCUCCUGCUUAAAUUACAAAGGAUCACAGCACUUCAGUUAAGAUAACAUUAACUAGCUGUAAUCUAAUUCCAUACCAUUACCAAGAAAAAUCACAUUUGUUUUACAUAGAGUGCAACUGAAGUUGGAGUUGGAUCUGUAAGCAUUUCCUAACCUGAAUAGAAUACAAAUUCAUUCUAAGGUUUGAUCCAAAAUAUCCUGACUUGUGAAUAGUAAUUGGUCUUGGUUGGUGAGUUGUAGGUCCAACAGUCUUCAUCUUUUAGCAUCAGGAACAGCUGUUUGUUUUCAUAACAAAUGGCACUGGUUAUCCUUACAUGGAAUGAACUCAUGAGUUAUUUUUACAUUGGCACAAUCCUUGAUAGUUUAAAAGCUUCACAGUAACCUAAAAAUAAGUAUUGCAGUGCACCCAAACACUAAAUACAUGGGGUAGUAUAUAGGAUUGUUUGUUUAGUUUUAGUCUAAAAGCCAGUCUGAAUACAAAUUUACAUUUAAAUAGCUAGUUUUCUAUAAAUUAAGACUAGAUUGUGACUACAACAGGGCUUGAGUCUCAGUUUAGUUUUGUUUUUUAUGCUAGGCUUGACCUGUUUGUGGAAAGCUUGUUUAUUAAGCAAAGUUAAGGGAAAUCCAGAUUAGAGAAACUAAAGUCUCAUUUCUAUCUUCUUUUUUUCUUUUUUUUCCUUUUUUUUUUUUGAAGUUCAGUAUAAUGCAGUGGGAACCAUUUUAUGUUUCCAUAAUUUAAACUUUUUUUGUUAAUUUGUACUAACUGAUAGAAAGUACUGUUCAGAUAACAGUCGAGAAAGAAGGAUAUUGAUGCAUUUAAUAUAUUUAAUCAGUAAUGCUGUUUAGUGUUCAGUGUAUUACCUCAACCUGUGUUUUGUAUUUCAGGGCAACCAUACUGAAAAUGUUGAGCUUAAAUGAUAAGUUCCACAUCUUGAUUAGGUUCAUUUUGCAGUCAACAAUUGGCGAGACAUUCAUUUUAUUCUGCAAAUCCUUUUUGUUUUUAUCAAACAGACAAAAACUAACACAAACUCAUGUUAGUAUUCAAACACAAGUAUGCAUGUUAAAAUGUGACAUGGGUUUUCAGGCUGAAGUAUUGUGCUUUGUUCUAUUAAAAGGUUUGGGAAAGGGCACCUUUCACCUGUCCAAGAGAUCUUAAACUUUACCUUUAUGUCAUGUAGAAAAGAAAAUAGUUUGGCCUCCAAAAUCUCCUCUAAUUCAGUAGUUUCUACUGCCGUUCGUCAUUGAGAAGAGGCAGGUCCUUUUAUUUGGCCUGGUUACCUUAAUUUGGCAUGUGGUUGAUGAAUAUGAUAACAUGGCUAUAGAAUGGACUUGUUUCACAUUUGAAACAAGUAGUUUCCAGUGUAUUUAGCAAUAAUCGGGACCUCUAUAUCUCUUUAAAUUAAAUACCCUUUUCUUAAAGAGAACUAAACACUUGUUCUUCCAAACACUUUAAACUCUGACCCAAAAUACCAAACUUUAGAAGCUGGACAGGGAGUGUAUGUCAGACAUGCAUAUCACUUAUGGAAGUGAGCAAAUAACAAUUAAAUGUAAAACAUUCAAAACUAUUCUUAAUAAACAGUAGAAGCGUCAUUUAUAGUUACAGGGUUUUUGACGGUGUUAAAGCAACAUGAAAUGUCUUUUCACAAAAUUGUACAAUUUUGGUUAAGCUUAGAUGGAAGUCAGUCAGGACUCCCCACAUAUUUCUGCUUUAUUUGCAGAGGAAAGUGGUCCACAGGAUCUUGCUGCAAAAAAUGAAUUCAUAAUUUAAUGCUUUCAGUUGAACAAGAUAAGUGACAUUUGAACUUGCAUUUAGUGUUCACCCACUUAUGUUGUAAUAUAGUAAUACUGGAAACCAUGAAGAUUAAAAAAUGAAACAGAAAACUGGAUAAUGAAGCUUGGCUGGCCUGUUUUAUGUUUUUAUCAUAUGUUAAUAUCAGAUACUGUUUGUUGUUGAUUUUAGUCUUAUUAACUAAUAACAGCACUGCAUUUUCUUUUAAUUAAAAAAACCCAGAUAAACCAACA